CGGCUAAGGGUACGCGCAGCCACCGGGGCACGAAUUCAUACGUCACCACUGCCGCCACCACCUCAGGUUUUCAUCCGAUUCAUGUGCCGGGUGGCAACCGUGCGAUUUAGCCGCGUGUUCAUCUGUCGGUCCGGUCGCGGUACUUGUCUCGAUCGUCGUCGUCUCCUCCACAGUCAACACAAAUAUCAUUGAACAAAUUUACUGGAGAGUAUUUUCACAUGAACUAGAUGUAUUUGUUUGAUAAAUUUGUUGAUGUGGAAUCGAGUCACAACGGCGUCUUAGACGCCAAGAAAAUCGAGUUCCUUUUCGAUAUGUUCCAUUGGCUGUAAUACAGGACAUAUUUCUCAUUAAGGUCUUAGAUGGAAUGAUAAUACAUACAUUUUGCUUAUGACACAAAUUGCCCGGAAAAGUUUUGCUGGAAUGAAUAAUUUCUAAAGUUAGCUGACCUUAAGUCCUGCUUUUCCAUUUUAUAACCUAAUAUCCAAGCAAAUUAUUUCGCUUCAAUUCAAAAAGUGAAUUUCUUUCAACAAGAAAAUCAAAAUUUGAAGAUGUUUUCACCGAUGAAUUUUUAACUUAACAGAACGAAUUAAAGUAACAGAUCAUGUUUAUGCAAGUUGAUGAUUCCAUUUGUAUCAUUAAUAAGUAUGCAAUGUAAACAUUAGAACACAUUCCUGUACCUAUUUUGCCUAUACAAAUCGCCUCGAAGAAGUGAAAAAUGAAGCCCACGUUUGUUGUCUUUGCAACAUUAACAUUGUUACCGUUUGUUCUUUCAAAUAGUAAUCCAGUAUACGUGUCGGUUAUCCACGGUCACAACCAAGGAUCGCUGUUGUCCAGAACUAUGGACAGAGCAAUGCCACCGUCUGUGAGGGCUCUUUACGCUGAACUUCCUGCUAACAAAUUCAGUAUGGGCGCGCUGGAAGCCGUGUUGGAUUUGUGGGCAAACAAAACUAUUAUUGCAUGUCUAUUACUGAUACCCGAGCCUGUUGGAUUAUUACCGGCUCUAACUGCUUCCAAGUUACGAAUACCUGUGUUAUGGUUACCGGCAUCAACGCGGGUGGAUCAGGAGCGUUGGAGUGAGUUAGUAGUCCGCGUAGCUAUUACACCAUGGGAACUUUUUUCAGCACUGAGAUCAUUUUUGUUGCACGCAGACUGGCACAAGUUUUACAUUUUACAUUCAAUGAUGAUCACUUCGGAAGUUCAAAACAUGCUUAGCGAGUCGCCUUUAAGUUACACGUCUAUACCUAUUUCAACGUACUCUUCAGAUAAAACUUUAUUUAGGUCAAUGGUAGAGCUGUCCACUUCUGAAGCAUCCGUAGUGGUUGUGGUCGGUGAUCGGCAAACAGCGCAAACUGUUUGGCGACAGGCCACUUUACUUGGUUUACUUCCGGCCGGAAACAUUGCUUGGUUGUGGCUGGAUGUGGGAAAAGUAAAUAAUUCUAUUGUUAAAAAAAAGGGUAGUGUACCAGUGGGCAUGUUGUCGUUGAGGCCAGUGCCAUUGGAAACGGAAAAACACACCGUCAGAGCAGCCGUUCGAGUGUUUUCCGAUUGCAUCAAAGACGCAAUGGCGACAAGGUGCAAAGAUUGGACACCUAAAACGACUAAAGUAUCAGACUCGUGUGUUGAAAUAUUGAAAGGCAACGACUUUCCUAACGAUUUGUAUAAUCAAUUCAAUAAUGCAGUUCAUGAUUUGUUGUCUGGAAAAUCAAUCAGACGCCGAGCUAAGGCUAAUGGAGAGAAGCCAGAUUUAAGUUUUGCUGUUCGUUUUGAUAUAAUGAACUCAAUAUCUAACAAAAAACAAAUACCAGAUGGAUAUACAAGAGCAUGGAAGAAGGUUGGUGCCAUUAGUCCAUCGGUUUCGGAAGGUCAACAGAUAGUUAAGUUGGAUUCAGUUGUAUGGGCGGGAAAUAAAAUGAUUUCCGGAGUUGGAAUAGGUAGAAAAGCUGUUUACAGAGUUGUUACUGCUAUAGGACCACCUUUUGUCAUGCACGCUCCUUUACCACAAGAUAGACAGUGUCUAAGGGGAAUACGAUGCUACCAAAUGACUACCACAGAUAAAGAUAAUAUAACAAUGAUAUUCAAAGAUAUUAAGUUGGGAUUUAACGACAAAUUCGUGCAAGAUACUUUCUGCUGUUUUGGAUUGGUUAUAGACUUAUUGGAAAAAAUGUCUAGUGACCUAGAAUUCGACUUUCAUUUAUAUUUGGUGGCUGAUGGAUUGUUUGGAUCUCGGAAAAUUAAGUGGAACGGAGUAGUUGGUGAUUUGGUAUCAGGUUCCGCUCACAUGGCUUUUUGUCCUUUGAGCAUCACGUCUGCUAGAUCGAAAUGGAUAGAAUUUUCGACUCCUUAUUUCUAUAGUGGAGUUUCAAUGAUGGUUGCUCCAAAAAGAAAAACUAACAUACCUCUUUUAGCAUUUUUAUUACCAUUGAGUCCCAAUCUUUGGAUAGCUAUAUUCGUGUCACUUCACGUUACUACGGUGGCCGUAGCACUUUAUGAAUGGUUUAGUCCUUUUGGACUCAAUCCUGCGGGUAGGCAGAGGUCAAAAAAUUUUGGAAUGCCAUCAGCAUUAUGGGCUAUGUGGGGUUUACUUUGCGGUGCAUUGGUUAAUUUUAAAGCACCCAAGUCAUGGCCCAACAAAUUUCUUAUAAAUGUAUGGGGUGGCUUCUGCGUGAUCUUUGUUGCUAGUUACACUGCUAACAUUGCAGCUUUAAUUGCAUCUCUUUUAUUUCAAAAUGCAAAAGUAGACUAUAAUGAACGCAAUAUAUUAACAUUAAAAGUCGGAGCGGCCAAGUCUUCAGCGGCUGAAUUUUAUCUAAAAGAAAAAAAUCCUUCACUUUGGCAACAGAUUCAAAAAUAUCAUGUUCCUGAUACAGCUUCUGGCAUGCGGAUGUUAAGAAAUGGCAGUCUAGACAUAUUUGUUGGAGAUCGGCCUAUUCUAGACUAUUAUAGUGGUACAGAUCAUGACUGUAAACUUACUGCAUAUGGUGAUCCAAUUCACGAAGAUGUAUACGCUGUUGGCAUGACAAAGAACUUCAUAUUAAAGGAAAAAGUUUCCGGUGCAGUGUCUAAAUAUGUUAAUAAUGGUUUUAUGGACAUAUUGCAAAAUAAAUGGUUUAAUGACUUACCAUGUAUUGACGGAGAGGUAGAAACUUCAGAUAUGGGACAACCGACACCUCUAGGUGUGGAUGCUUUCUUAGGGGUUUUCUUGAUGCUAGGAUUUGGUAUUCUAGCAGGUUUUGUAAUAUUGUGCUUUGAACACGCUUUUUAUCAUUUUACUUUACCAAAGCUCAGGCAAACUCCACCAGACUCUUUUUGGCGAAGUCAAAAUAUGAUGUUUGUAAGCCAAAAACUCUACAAAUUCAUAAAUAGCGUUGAGCUUAUUUCUCCACAGCAUACAGCUAAAGAGUUAGUUCAUACAUUAAGACAGGGUCAAAUUGCAUCACUAUUUCAAAAAAGUGUUCGUAGGGUAAGCUUACCGUUUAUGCAUCCUCAACAUGCUCAGAAAGAAUUUGAAAGAAAAAAACGCAAAGGUCAAUUCUUUGAAGUUAUUGAAGAAAUUCGAAGAAUACAACGAGAAGAGAGAGACAACAAAAAACAAUGUGUUAGGUUAUCACUCUCUAGCUCACCUACUGGACAAUCCCCUAAACCCAACAAGUUUCUGUCACCGUCUAGAUUAAAUUUAGGUAGGAGGUACAGUAAACAGAGAUCCAGAAGUUCGGGUAACCUAACUAUUCGUCGCUAUAGCACUGAUGUCGUAAGUUAUUCAGAGAACAUAGGUCGUAGAUUAAGUCAAGGCGCUUCCAAUAGUCCUCCUGACUUCAAUACAAGAAGGCAAUUAAUAAGAAGAUCAUCAGGCAAUCCAAGUCCUGCUGAUUCAAGUAGAAUGAGUAUAUUUUCCGCAUCGGAACUCAUUGGUGCCAAACUUAGUAAUAAUAACCUGUACGUUGAAAAUGAUUUGCCUAGAAGUCCUAACUUAUUAUCACCCGGAGUGUUCUUCAGGUCAAGUUUUUCAUCUGAUACAUCAUCAUCUCGACCAGAUCUAGGUAACCCUAGUCGGAAGUCAAGUUACUCUCAAGGCCCUCCAAGAGUAGUGAUAAACGGUGAACAACAGCCACUUCGUCGUAAAUCUGAUGAUGAACCUUCAGUCACGUUACCUAAAAUAGUUGAAGGAAAAAGAGCAAGAAGAUCCAGUGAUGGUCAUCGGCCUAAAAAUCGGAAAACUGUAGAAAUGUACCGAGUUCUAAAGCAAGUACCUAAGAACGAAUUAGAAGCAAUGAGUAAAAUGUCUGAAGAUGAAAUUAAAAGUUGUAUAUUGCAAGCUCUUCAAGACAAAGAUCCAACCUGAUGAUUUAGUUAUAUAAUUCUGUCAUAAAUUCUAUUGAAAAAUUAUAGAAAGCUCAUCGUUAAAUUUGACUUAUCCUAUUAUAUUUUUUCUUUGACUCUAAUGAAGACUGUGCGAAACGAGAUUAAUAUUAAAUGUAUUUAGAAUUAGUAUAAUAUAUUAGUAUAUAUCACAUGUAUAAUAGAAAUGGCUCAAAAAUUAUAGGUUAAUCAGGGCGGACGUCUAAUUUUAUUAGUUAGUCCAAUAAUGUUAACGUUAUUUACAUAUUCAUAAAAAUAACUUGCACAAAAAUUGAUAUUACGGAAAUAUUACUUAUUGUAACUGGUAAAUUUAUGUUCUGUAAAUGUUAUUAAAUAUUAUUGUUUAGUUAUAUUAACAAAAAUUAAAGGAUGAAUUAAAUUUUCAUACAUAUUAAAUUAAAUUCAUUAAUAAGUGAACUUUUAAUUAUGUAUUUAAAUUGUAUAAGUUCAAUCUUAGUAGUCAAUGUAAUGAUAUUUGUCUAUAUGCUAUGAAGAAUUGACUUUUUUUACGUGGCUUCAAUACCAAUUCAAGCAAUACUUAAAAUAUAGUAAUACGAUUUUUUUUACUCUUAGAUCUGCACAUAGAAUAGUGUUCAAGACUUGAAAAGUUAUCGAUUUAUUAUUUUUACUGAAAAUUCAAUAAUAUGUACACAAUUUCUUUUUAAUUUCAUUUGAUAAAUGUAAAAUUUAUUAUUUAAUGUAUAACAAUUUAUUUAUUUCAUCAUUUUAUUUAGUUUAAUGAAUGCCUUACUAAAAUUGUUAUUUGUAAAUGAACCAAAGUUAUUUUUAUUUAGUUAAAAUCAUAAUUAUAAGAAUACUUUUUUUGUUAAUGCACUUUAUUAGAGUU